UAGAGGGCAAGUGAUGAUCCCCUUGUUUCGCGCGGGAGGUCGUAGGUAAAAUGGCUGCCCGCGUUUGGAAGAAGCUUGCAAUGUUUUGAGACGUAGAAUAGGGCAUACAUCUAGUUCUAUAGAAAUGAUGGCAUGAAGAUCAUAAACAUUCGCCGUUUGACAAAAGGAGAGGGACCAUUUCAUUCAGAGGUUUAUGAAGAGAUCAGCUUGCCAGACUGCUAACGUUAACUUAACUGCGUUGGCUAGCCAUUGAGCAUUUGCUAGUCUUCACUUUGUUAACAACGAUUGUGAAGUAGUUUACUUAUGGUUGUUGGCUUGCUCUGACUGUUCCAUAAAUAUGCACUACCAUUACCUAUGUUUGAAUGUCUGAGAUCGCUAACCUCGACUGAGUGCAAAAGACUCCCGUAGUAGACCGUAGUUGUCGUAAUAGCCUGUUUACCUAUGCAAUAAACGCCGAUUUCGGAAAGCUUCACCCUGCAGGAUGAACAGAAAGAAAGACAAGGGUUUCGAGAGUCCUCGACCGUACAAAUUAACCCAUCAGGUGGUAUGCAUAAACAACAUCAAUUUCCAGAGGAAGUCAGUUAUUGGGUAUGUGGAGCUGACUGUCUUUCCCACGGUUGUGAAUUUAAACCGCAUUAAACUCAACAGCAAGCAAUGCCGCAUAUAUAGAGUACGGGUCAAUGACUUGGAGGCUCCGUUCAUUUACAAUGAUCCCACCUUAGAGGUCUGCCAUCAUGAGUCAAAGCAGAGGAACCUGAACUACUUCUCCAGUGCCUACACAGCUGCAGUAACCGCUGUGGACCCAGAUGCUGGAAAUGGGGAGCUUUGCAUUAAGGUCCCAUCUGAGCUCUGGAAGCAAGGAGAUGAGAUGAAGGUGUUGAAAGUCUACAUUGAGUUCUCCCUGGACCAGCCCAAGGGAGGCCUGCACUUCGUUGUGCCCGAUGUAGAGGGCAGCAUGGCAGAGAGGGGAGCCCACGUCUUCUCCUUUGGCUACCAGAACUCCACACGGUUCUGGUUCCCGUGUGUGGACUCUUAUUCGGAGCUGUGCACGUGGAAGCUGGAGUUCACAGUGGAUGCCUCCAUGGUGGCCGUGUCCUGUGGGGACAUGCUGGAGACAGUCUAUACCCAUGACAUGCGCAAGAAGACCUUCCAUUACAUGCUGCCCAUCCCCACUGCGGCUCCCAACAUCUCCCUCGCUGUGGGACCGUUUGAAAUCCUUGUGGAUCCCUACAUGCAUGAGGUGACCCACUUCUGCCUACCCCAGCUGCUGCCCCUGCUCAAGCACACCAUGUCGUACCUCCACGAGAUCUUUGAGUUCUACGAGGAGAUCCUCACCUGCCGCUACCCCUACUCCUGCUUCAAGACUGUCUUUGUGGACGAGGCCUAUGUGCAGGUGUCCUCGUAUGCAUCCAUGAGCAUCUUCAGCACGAACCUGCUGCACAGUACCAUGAUUAUAGACCAGACCCCCCUGACGCGCCGCUGCUUGGCUCAGGCUCUUGCCCAGCAGUUCUUUGGCUGCUUCAUCUCGCGCAUGUCCUGGGCUGAUGAAUGGGUUCUGAAGGGGAUCUCUGGCUACAUCUAUGGACUGUACCUGAAGAAGACCUUUGGCGUGAAUGAGUAUCGCCACUGGAUUAAGGAGGAGAUGGACAGGAUUACGGAUUAUGAGCUGAAGAUGGGAGGAGUUCUGCUGCACCCCACUUUUGGUGGAGGGAAAGAAAAGGACAAUCCAACCCCCCACCUGCACUUCUCCAUCAAACACCCCCACACGCUGUCAUGGGAGUACUACAAUAUGUUCCAGUGCAAAGCUCACCUGGUCAUGCGGCUGAUCGAGAACAGGAUCAGCAUGGAGUUCAUGCUUCAGGUCUUCAACAAACUGCUGAGCUUGGCCAGCACUGCCUCUUCCCAGAAGUACCAGUCUCACAUGUGGAGCCAGAUGCUGGUGUCGACCUCCAGUUUCCUCAAGUCCAUCUCCAAUGUGUCUGGCAAGGACAUCGGUCCCCUCAUCAAGCAAUGGGUAGAACAGAGUGGAGUGGUGAAGUUCUUUGGCAGCUUCGCCUUUAACAGGAAGAGGAAUGUUCUGGAGCUGGAAAUCCGCCAGGAUUACACCUCGUCCGGCACACAAAAAUAUGUGGGCCCCAUUAAAGUGACGGUACAGGAACUGGAUGGCUCCUUCAACCACACCCUGCAGAUUGAGGAGAACAGCCUGAAGCAUGAUAUACCUUGCCACUCCAAGAGCAGAAGGAACAAGAAGAAGAAGAUUCCUCUGAUGAAUGGAGAGGAAGUGGACAUGGACCUGUCGGCCAUGGAUGCCGAUUCCCCGUUGCUGUGGAUACGGAUUGACCCGGACAUGUCCAUCUUGCGCAAGGUGGAGUUUGAGCAGGCCGACUUCAUGUGGCAGUACCAGCUGCGCUACGAGCGGGACGUGGUGGCGCAGGAGGAAUCCAUCACGGCGCUGGAGAAGUUCCCCACGCCAGCCUCGCGCCUCGCCCUCACCGACAUCCUGGAGCAGGAUCAGUGCUUCUACAAAGUGCGCAUGCUGGCCUGCUUCUGCCUUGCCCAGAUUGCCAACUCCAUGAUGAGCACAUGGACCGGACCACCUGCCAUGAAAUCCCUUUUCACCCGCAUGUUCUGCUGCAAGAGCUGCCCAAACAUUGUCAAGACCAACAACUUCCUCAACUUCCAGACCUACUUUCUGCAAAAGACUAUGCCGGUUGCCAUGGCUUUGCUGAGAGAUGUACAAAAUCUAUGUCCUAAAGACGUUCUGAACUUCAUUCUGGACCUCAUCAAGUACAAUGACAACAGGAAGAAUAAGUUCUCUGACAAUUACUACAGGGCUGAGUUGAUUGAUGCCCUCUGCAACUCCCUGACACCUGCUAUCAGCAUUAGCAACGAGGUCCGCACCGUGGACAACCUGAACGCAGACGUGCGCCUCAUCCUGGAGGAAAUCACCCGCUUCCUCAACAUGGAGAAGCUGCUGCCCAGUUACAGGAACAUUAUCACUGUCAGCUGCCUGAGAGCCAUCCGCACGCUUCAGAAGAACGGCCACAUUCCCAGCGAUCCCAGCCUCUUCAAGUCCUAUGCGGAGCACGGCCAUUUUGUAGAUGUGCGCGUUGCUGCCCUGGAAGCUCUUGUUGAUUACACACGAGUUGACAGGAGCUCAGAGGAACUGCAGUGGUUGCUUACCAUGGUCCAGAAUGACCCCAUACAUUAUGUCAGGCAUAGAAUCCUAAGCAUGCUCGGGAAUAACCCACCCUUUACCAAAGCAGCUGAGUCCCAACUCUGCACCGAAGCGCUUGUAGACCAACUGUGGAAGCUCAUGAACUCAGGCACCUCUCAUGACUGGCGCCUGCGCUGCGAUGCGAUGAACCUGUACUACACCCUGUUUGGCCUGACGCGACCCUCCUGCCUGCCUCUGCCUGAGCUGGGCCUGGUGCUCAACCUGAAGGAGAAGAAGGCCUUGCUGAACCCCACCAUCAAACCAGAGCAACCGGUGGCCGCACCAGAGCUCCCCGCACCCAUGACUUUCUCAGUCAGUAUAAAGGCGGAGGAGGAGCAUUUGGUCACGGAUACACCACCAAUCCCAGUUCCUCCACCUAGCCAGGCCCUUAAGAGGAAGCUCGACACGCCCCUGGGCUCUCCCCCAGAGCCUGGGCAGGUGCUGCAGGACGAGCCGAGCAUUAAAAUCCCCAUGAAAGGCCGAUUUCCCACCCAAGAAGAGGAGGAUAUUGACAUGGAGACAGUUCAUGAUAGUCAGGCUUUCAUCUAUCAUCAUUUGAACAUGCUGGAAAGGCCAUCUACACCAGGAAAAGAGCCUCCCUCCGUGGAGCAGAGCCUGCUCUCCAUGCCUGCCACACCCAUGCCUAUGCCUAUGCCCAUGCCCAUGCCUAUGCCUAUGCCUAUGCCCAUGUUCGGCAAGGAGAGCAGCUCCUCCUCCAAGCACGGCGAGCACCACCACCACCACCACCAUCACCACGAGCACAAGAAGAAGAAGAAGAAGCACAAGCACAAACACAAGCACAAGCACAAGCACGACAGCAAGGAGAAGGAGCGCGACGCGCACGCCUUCAGCAACAGCCCAGCCAGCGGACGCUCCAUGCGCUCCCCCUCCCUCUCCGACUGAGGAGAUCAGCCAGCACGGGGGGAGGGGGUGCGGAAGGGCCGAGUCCGAGGGAGAGAGCGGGCUGCUCCAGGAGCUCCACAGAGAGCCACUUCUCUUCCCCCUGUGUCUACUCUGCAUGUGUGUUCCUGAUGUCAUCGUCAACCACAAAGAGGCAGUACACCCCGGCCAAGUUCUCGCCCUGCUUUUACAAUCCCCCCCCCCACCCCUUCUCCCAGCCACCCAUCAUGCCAUACCACUCAGCCAGUACACAUCCUCUUUCUUUCUUUCUCUCUCCCUCACACAAUGUACCUGCUUUUCUCCCUCGCUCGCUUGCUCACUCUUUCCCUCACAUUCUCUCUCUCUCUCUCUCUCCCCCUCACGCACUCUCUCUCUCCCCCUCACGCACUCUCUCUCUCUCUCUCUCUCUCUCUCUCUCUCUCUCUCACACACACACACACACAGACGCGUAGGAGGUGAUAAAUAACAGCAUUCUGUGACUGUUUUACAAAGGAACUUUUCACUUUGUGGCUCCUUCAGGUUUUUGGCUGCCACUGAUCUUUCCAGAUAUUUUUUAUACAGCCCUGUAAAUUAUGGAAAGUUUACCUUGAAAGAGGAUUCCCCACCCCCACACAGUGUACCCUCAGUUCAACACACCAAGUCAAACUCGAGAGGGAAAAGGAGAUUUGCCAUCAUAACAAGCCUGGAUAUUGGGGUGAAAGUUCACCCUUCAGCUCACCCAUGUACGUGUAUUACAAACUGACACUAGUUGAGUUCUCCAGAUUUCAAGUGAAAAUUUGGAGUGAAAAUAAUUCAGAAUGAAUACUGGAUUUUAAAUGUUACACCAUAAUUAUUUUAUACUUCAGGCAGACCUCCGGUUUCUUGCACAUUCUCGUGUUUCCACAUAAAACCAGUUGUCAAAGUUUUUCAUUGAAACUUUUUUUUGUCUUUGUUUUGUUGUCUUUUCAAUAUUUGUUUCAUUGCAUUGUCUUUGUUAUAGUAAUUUUAAUCAUACACUUGAAAUAAAGUUUUCUCUGUUCAUCUAAUGAACAAAACUAA